ACGAUCCAUCAAAGCCGUCUCCGGCACCGGCACCGUCGAAACACUUAUCUUCGACACAGACCUUCCCCCUUACGUUGCCAUCCUCGGCCUCGCCAUCGACUCAGUCAACCACCGUCUCCUUGCCGUUAUCCACGCCAUGGACCCUCUUCCCAUCUUCAACGCCCUUGGUUCCUACGACCUCCGCACGCGCCAACGUCUCUUCCUCGCACACCUCACCGACCCCACCACCUCCACCCUAACGACGUCACUAUCGAUCACGCCGGCAACGCUUACGUCACCAACUCCAUCGGCAACUUCAUCUGGAAAGUCAACGUCGCCGGAGAACCAUCCAUCUUAUCAAGAGAUAAGGUCCUCACAUCCCAAUACAUAUACCCCGACACACCCUACGCGGCCUUUGGCCUGAACGGCAUUGCUUACGUCAGCGAAGGGUAUCUACUGGUGGGCCAAUGUAACACCGGAAAACUGUUCAAAGUUGACGCCGUUAACGGGACGGCGUCGGUGGUGAAGAUAGAGAAGGACUUAAUGGGUGGGAAUGACGGGAUCGCGGUUAGAAGUGACGGCGCUGUGGUGGUUGUGUCGCAGAAGACGGCGUGGUUGCUCAAAAGUAAGGAUGGUUGGGGUGAGGCUGAGGUUUAUGACGAAAUUGGCCUUGAUGAGGAAAGGUACCCAACUACGGUUACUGUGAGAGAGGACGAUAGGGCUUAUGUGGUAUAUGGGAGGCUGGAUAAGGGUAUAGCUGGGAACAUGGAUGUGGAGGAGUUUAGCAUAGAAGAGAUAGAAUGGCCUAGUGUGAAUAAUGAAGGGACUGUUUGGGUGUAUGUUUUGGUUGGGUUUGCCUUGGCUUAUUUCUUGUUUUGGAGGUUUCAUAUGAAAAACAUGAACAAGAAAACUACCUGAGAUUAAGGAUGUAAAUUU